AUGAGUAGAUCUAGUUCAAUGUCCAGCCAACUUCUGGCCUCCAAACAGAAAGACGAGUCUGAGAAGAGAGGGCGGGGCCGAUCCCAGAAACAACCCCCCAAGGAGCCCAGUGAGGCACCAACUCCCAAGAGACGUCGGGGCAGACCAAAGCGGAGUAAGAAUCAGAGGGCUGCGAAAGGCCGGAAAAGCACCACUGCCCCAGGGAGGAAACCAACAGGUAGACCCAAAAAAGUGGAGAAAGAAGAGGAAGGAGGGACAUGCCAGGAGUCUUCGGAGAAGGAGCAGUACCCAAGUCUGCUUCUAUCUCGCUACCUCAUUCCCCUCGAUGAUGAUGACUAG